CCUCGUAAACCCAACGAAGCUCAGAUUCUCAGAGCAGUCGGAAUGAUUAGUUGGAAUAUUACUGUUGCUUGUAGGAAGAGACCAAGUGUGAAUGGCUUCGACUGCAAGUAGUUUGGUAGCAGAAGCAGUGUGGAAGAACAUUCAGUCGACACGUUCAGUGACGGACGAUCAGCUCUCAAUCUUGCAUUUCCUGUUCGGGAAGAACUUUGAACGAGCAACCCGGAUAGUAGAUCAGAGAGGCGUUAAGAGGAUUUUUGGUGAACCCAGUGGCCGCUCCCUCUUCCAGGUGGUAGGAGAAUCUAGGAGGAAGGAGGAGUACUUCUGCUUCCCCGAACAUCACUGUGCUUGCUAUUCGUUUUUCUACGAAGUUGUCAACAAGGGGGAACAGCUUUGUAUGAAAUAUGUCAAGCCAAUCAAUUUGUUUCAUGAUUUGCUGAAGACGAAUAACCUAGGACAAGGGAGAUUGCUUGGAUUAGAUGUCGGCCAUAAAUAUGUGGGUUUAGCUGUUUCGGAUCCUUCAAAUAAAAUUGCAUCGCCGCUAAGUGUACUGGUACGGAAGCAGUCAAAUAUUUGUUUGAUGGCAAAAGAUUUUCAAUGUUUGAUUUCAGAGCUUUCUCUCACUGGCUUCAUUGUUGGCUACCCCUUUGAUAACCAGCGGAACAAACCAGAAGCUGUUCAAGUGAAGCUUUUUGUGGAGGAUCUUCGCAAGACGGGAAAACUUGAAGGUUUGAGGUAUACAUAUUGGGAUGAGCGCUUUACAUCAAAGAGUGUUGAAUUAUUAUUGAAGCCUUUAAAUCUACACCCAGUACAUUCAAAGACAAUUCUUGACAAAUUUGCUGCUGUUGGAAUACUCCAGGGGUACCUGGAUCAGAUGUACCGGAAAUUGAAGUCGGAGGAGUAAUCGCUCUACCAUUACAUAUGUGGAGGGGUGAAGCUGUGAAGGCAAUGGAUUUCUUGUACUUCCAAUGAUAUGGUGUCUAACUCGUCAAUGGUAUUCACUUAAUAAACUGUACACCCUCGGGCUACUGCCAUUAUGGGUUUCAUUGUUGUAUUUAGGCUCCAUUUGUUUUCAAGCAAAAAGGUGGAAAAGAAAAUUCUGUGUAGAAUAACAUUCUCUGCCUUUGUUUAGAUGUAAAAUGCAAA